GCCAUGCAUUGUUACCGCCAUGCAACAUUGUAAGUAAACAACACCAAAUUGCAGCUGCCAAAGUAUAAACCACGGACGAUUUCUUCUCCAAAUCGCCAGCGAAAGAGAUAAGAGCUUCUAUGCUCUUAGAUUUUCAACACAACGAAGUCUUUUCUGCUAACCACCUACAAAGCAAUCAAAUCUGCAAAAUUCCCACUACACCUAUUCAAGUCAAUAUGGCUACCACUACCCCCGAAACAACCCAAGACACCAUGUCCACCCAACCAAUGCCAACCCCACCAACCACACCCACCGCACUCGCACCCACAAACCCGACAGCUGAGCCCACAAGCUCCACGGCCAAGCCCACCACCACCAUCACCAGCACGCCCCCCACCCGCGCCCAAGCAAUUGAAUACGACGACUACAUCGCCUGGGAAGAAGAUACCCAAGUCCCCAUAAUCUCCGAGCACACGGCCGAGCUCCUCGCCACGCUCAACAGGGUGCGCAGCAAGUUCGGCUGUACCUCCAACUGUGUCUGUCCGACAUGCACGCUUUAUAGGAGCCUAACGAGCGAGGAGCUCGAAGACGUCGUCGUGGAGCAGCCGGAGCAGCAAGAGGCGGAGAUGGUAGAGGUGCCGUUGGGGGAUCCGGUGGUUGUGAAGGACGGGGAGGGGGAGACAGGGAAGGGGUGGGCGGAGAUGCUAGCGGGUUGGGGGAGCGUGUUUUGGUGCUGUGCUGGUGGACGGGUGUAGGAGAGGAGGAUUGCUGGCUACUGCGAUGCUGUGGGCUGUCUGUGGUGGUGUGGCGCGUAGGGCUGGCUCCUUGCGUGCGGCUGCGGUUUCCUUUGUUUAAUUUAGGUGUUUUGGGAUAGAUCUAUUGUUUCGGAUUUUCUUUGUCUUGGAUUUUGGUAGACUGCAA